UUCGUGACUCGAAACCUUCAAACCUAUCGACAGUCGAAUACUCCAAAGUAAUUGGAAAGUAUACUCAAAAAGCUGUGUCACUUUCCCAGCAUCACACUUGGGUGUUGUGCGUGCGCGAAACCGACAAUUCCCAUAAGGCAGCAGGAACAAGCAGCAACAUGGCAGCAGCACUGGACCCAGGCGAAGAGCACACCAAGUUUGUCGAAUGGGCUGAGAUUAAUGGAGUGACUAUCAAUGGAAUUGCACCCGCCAAAUUUGUGGGCCGUGGGAUGGGUAUUGUCGCAGCACGAGAUAUUCAAAAAGGAGAGCGCAUAGUGCAUGUGAAGAACACAUCACUUAUACAUGUUGCGUUACCAUCUGUUAAGGCCCUCAAAUUACCGGACAAUGCCACCGUGCAUGGCAAGCUUGCGGCGUCACUGUCUCUAUGGUAUUCGGACCCUUCACACGACACAUAUGCCCUCUGGCAAGCUGUCUGGCCCACAGAGGAAGAUUUCCGAAGCACCAUGCCCAUCUACUACAACAAAGAACUCCAAGACCUCCUUCCACGCGCCGCAGAGAUCCUCCUCACAAAUCAGCGUGCAAAACUCGACAAAGACUGGGCUGAUCUCUCGCCUCACCUCCCCUCACUAUCAAAAGAACUCUUCACAUACACCUGGCUCAUCGUCAACACACGAACCUUCUACUGGAACUACCCUGACCUCCCCAACUCGCACCCACGACUGCCAAAGCGGAAGAACAAGCUGACUGGCGACGACUGCUACGCCAUGUGCCCAUUCAUGGACUACUUCAACCACAGCGACGUGGGCUGCGAUCCAUGCGCCGACAGCAACGGAUACAGCGUGACCGCUGACCGAGCGUACAAAGCUGGCGAAGAAGUGUUCGUCAGCUACGGCGCACAUACAAACGACUUCCUGCUUGCGGAAUACGGGUUCAUACUCGAGCGCAAUAUGCGCGAUGCAAUUCCGCUGGAUCACAUCAUUAUUCCCCAGCUAGACAAGGAGCAGACACAGGCUCUGAAAGAGGACGGAUUCUAUGGGAACUACACGCUCUUUUCCCCGGGCGGGGAAGAGAUUAUAUGUCACCGUACGCAGGCGGUGCUUCGACUGGUGGUGCUCGAUUCCAAAAGAUAUUCUGCGUUUGUUGGGGGCGACGAUGAUGGAGAUAGAGAGAAGGGGAGGCUACAUGGGUACCUGGUGGGCUUGUUGACGAAGUACUCAAGACAGGUCAUGGAUAUCAUGGAGGAAGCCGAGGGCUUGAAGACUAAUGCGGUGGACAAGGAGAAGAGGAGAUCGGUAUCGAAGAGCAGUAUUGUCGCGCCCAGUAUCAGGAUUGGCCAGAAGGACACGCUGGUCAUGAGGUGGAAACAGAUCAGGGACAUUGUCAAUGGAGCGAUAGAGGAAUUGCAACAGUAGCUACUUGUAGCACACCCCUUUUUUGGUUCAAGCAAUAAGAACUACCACGUUGUGGUAUAUUAAUGUG